AUGCCUCGGAACGGGCGCAGCUGGGCGUUCGCAGGCCUUGGGGGUGCGGUGGGACUGGUGCUGGUCUCGCUGCUCCGCGGCGGCGGCUGGCUCGAAGAUGGCGUGGUGCAGGAUGAGGCAGGGCUUCCGGAUUCGACCAUUCGAGCCCUUGAUGUCGAGAAGCCGGUGCCCGUGCAAAGGAGGCAUGCCCAGAACCAGGCGCCGGAGGUGCUGCCGCAAGCUGGAGCUCCAGGUGCCGACACUACCACUUCAACUGCCGCAAGGCUUGGUGACCCUACAGAGCUCACUUGCCUUCUGCCGAUCUGCCAGCUGCACAAAGAUACGGCUCCCCGUUUGUUUAUCCUUGAACACACGGACGGAGCUGGGCACAGGCUAAAGUCUGUGCUGGAAGCAAUCGCCAUUUCAUGGCGGAACAACAUCAAUUUUGGAGGCCUUGUUGGCCAGCUGUGGCCCCUUACAGACCAGCACAUCAACAUUCGUGUUGUGGUGGACGCGGUUUUUGGAGCAGGGGCUUCGCAGAAGCUCUAUAUCUACAACAUCACAACCAAGCCGCGAUUCCAAUUCAAGUUCAAUGAUGUGCGAGCCCUCGAAGCCCAGGUGCAGCUGGCACGACCCUCCGCAGCCUUGUUUUGCCAAGCCGUGAACGAGUGGGGCUAUGACCGCAGCGUGCCUGCCAGCGACUAUUUUCCCGGCUGGCUGAGAGACCAGAUGCGGAAGCACCUGGAUUUGCAACCGCUCGUCUUUGCCAGUGGCAAGAUCUCGGACCGCAAGUCUGGUCUCACUGGAGCUGUGACGGGGACGAGUUUAGUGUCCCAGCAGGAUCCAUCGGCGUGCAAGUUGCAGGUCUGCAACAUGCGCGACCCAUCAGCCCCGAAGCUUUACAUCCUCGAGCACACAGACGGCGCAGGGCACAGGAUGAAGUCCAUCUUGGAAGCUAUUGCUUUGUCAUGGAGAAACAAGCUGAACUUCGGAGGUCUCAUAGGCCAGCUGCAGCCACUAACAGACCAACAUAUCAACUUCCGCGUGGUGGUGGACGCCAUCUUCGGGCCAGACGCUUCCAGAAACUUCUUCAUCCACAACAUCAGCAGCAAGCCCACUUUCACUGAGGUGCCAAGUGCUCGUGAGCUGGAGGCAAAACUGUCCAGUUUCCAACCUGGCACUCUGGUGUAUUGCCAUGCGGUGAAUGAAUGGGGCUAUGACCGCAGCGUGCCUACCAGCGACUAUUUUCCCGGCUGGCUGAGAGACCAGAUGCGGCAGCACCUGGAUUUGCAACCGCUCGUCUUUGCCAGUGGCAAGAUCUCGGUUGUGAUGCACCUGCGACGUGCAGAUCUGGAAAGGAGCGACACGCGCGCUACCCCUGAUGCUUACUACUAUGGACUCGCAGAGGAGAUCAAGAAGCUUCUGCCAGCCGAGAACCUGGAUUUCCACGUGUGGAGCUCACCGAAGAACAUACCUGCGUUCGACUAUCACUUCUGGAAAUCUGAGGACUUUGAUGGGUAUCGUCAGCGCGGUAUGACGGUUCAUUUGGACGAAAAGAUUGACGACAACGACGACAUGCUGAAAGCCUGGGUCCACAUGUCCAGGGCGGACAUCUUCAUUAUGUCUCAAAGCUCCUUCUCGAUGGUUCCGGCAUACAUGAAUACAAACUGCGUAAUCUUCCCGUCCAACAUCGACUCGCCUCUCGAGAACUGGGUCAACGGGAAGGAUCAACAGCGGAGCAGCUACCGAACCGAGCUGGCCAAGUGCGUAGGGCAUGCCAACAAGGACCGCAAGUCUGGUCUCACUGGAGCUGUGACGGGGACGAGUUUAGUGUCCCAGCAGGAUCCAUCGGCGUGCAAGUUGCAGGUCUGCAACAUGCGCGACCCAUCAGCCCCGAAGCUUUACAUCCUCGAGCACACAGACGGCGCAGGGCACAGGAUGAAGUCCAUCUUGGAAGCUAUUGCUUUGUCAUGGAGAAACAAGCUGAACUUCGGAGGUCUCAUAGGCCAGCUGCAGCCACUAACAGACCAACAUAUCAACUUCCGCGUGGUGGUGGACGCCAUCUUCGGGCCAGACGCUUCCAGAAACUUCUUCAUCCACAACAUCAGCAGCAAGCCCACUUUCACUGAGGUGCCAAGUGCUCGUGAGCUGGAGGCAAAACUGUCCAGUUUCCCACCUGGCACUCUGGUGUAUUGCCAUGCGGUGAACGAAUGGGGCUAUGACCGCAGCGUGCCUACCAGCGACUAUUUUCCCGGCUGGCUGAGAGACCAGAUGCGGCAGCACCUGGAUUUGCAACCGCUCGUCUUUGCCAGUGGCAAGAUCUCGGUUGUGAUGCACCUGCGACGUGCAGAUCUGGAAAGGAGCGACACGCGCGCUACCCCUGAUGCCUACUACUAUGGACUCGCAGAUGAGAUAAAGAAACUUCUGCCAGCCGAGGACCUGGAUUUCCACGUGUGGAGCUCACCGAAGAACAUACCUGCGUUCGACUAUCACUUCUGGAAAUCUGAGGACUUUGAUGGGUAUCGUCAGCGCGGUAUGACGGUUCAUUUGGACGAAAAGAUUGACGACAACGACGACAUGCUGAAAGCCUGGGUCCACAUGUCCAGGGCGGACAUCUUCAUUAUGUCUCAAAGCUCCUUCUCGAUGGUUCCGGCAUACAUGAAUACAAACUGCGUAAUCUUCCCGUCCAACAUCGACUCGCCUCUCGAGAACUGGGUCAACGGGAAGGAUCAACAGCGGAGCAGCUACCGAGCCGAGCUGACCAAGUGCGUAGAGCGUGCAAAACAACGAUUGGUCCAACGG